CCGCCUUCCCACAACGUGGGCUCAGAGGAACAACCGCUGCUGGUUGCCCUCUGGUCCCUUGAGGAAACCACUGGUCGGUCUCCAGUCCCAUCCAAGUCUUCCAACCCCUUGGUUUCUUGUUACCACAACAAGCCUUGUCGACGGGUGUCUCGCCUUGUCUUGCCUCUCCCACGCCUCCAUCCCACUCCAACAGCUACUUUACUUUGCACCCUUCCGGCUUGUCAAGGCAUUAUUGGGCCUUCACGUCGCAGAUACUUUUCUUGCUAUCUAUACUACUACAUCUACCCUCCCCGACUACUGGAAAUCCCCGCCGUCAGAUCUCAGGUCUUACCUUUGCGGCUCUUUCCUUCCCUCCUUCCAUCCCCUUCAUCUUCGUCGUUCCUUUCCUCCUUCUCCAAAAACCUUUGUCAAAUCAGUGGUCCAAGCCACCGGCAACGACGAUCAUCGUGGGACCUUCCCCCAGGCGCAUGGGUAACUUCGGGGUCUUCAUCACACUCGAGCCAUGGACGACCACCAAGAUGGCUUCUCAACGGCCUUCGAUCCCUCCUCAACACUCUUCAACAUGCCUUAUUCGACAAUGUUGCCAGAUCACGAACACGAACAUUUUUUCGGUGGAACCCUCUCAAUUUCUCACGACGAGUCUUGCUUGGACAUGAAGUUUGACCACACUGCUUGCAGGGGUCCCGAGAACAACCAUCAACAUCACCCCGUACCCAACCACAACCACCCUCGAACCAACCUGAGCUCAAUACCGAUGCUCCAGCGAAGACACCAUAGCAUCUCUGCAAUGCCAAACUUGCCCAACUUCUUCGAAGCCAAGGACCAGCCGCCUGUUGGUUUUGGCACGAAUGCCCUCAUGUCACCAACCGCGCACGUGGACUUCAGUGCCAUGAUCCAUACCGACUCCAGUACCAACGUUGAAGACGAUAGUACGUCGAUAGGGUGCAGCAGUCUGAACUGCGAUCAGUGCGCGAGCGACUGCGGCGGCAGUGACGCCGGCGAUGUCUGUCGAGCCAUCGAGUGCGGUUCAAUCUGCAACGACACCAAGUGCAAUGAGCCUGCUUCGCCCUGCGAAAAAGCCGAGUGUAUGACUGGCUCGCUCUCGGAGAAGGACAAGGCUGCCGCAGAUGUGCUGGCAUCUUUCGGCGGGGAGAGCUCUCUGGGCCAAGACACGAUGUCUACUACAUCGAUGCCACCGCUGCCAGCUUCCCAUUUCUUCUCCGCCCACAGCUCUUUCGAAAACAGAGGGAUUUCAACGGCUAGCCAAGGCUCUUUCCACAACGGAGGACUGCCUUCGACGAUGGUCCAGUCGAACAUGGGCGGGUUCUACCAGUGCGAUGCCGACUUCCUUCUUAACACUUAUAUGGAUACGAAUAUGGACGGCAAUGCCGUCUGGGCGUCAUGGGCGGCGCAUAUUGCCAAUGAGCAUGCUUCGGGGGCUUGUGUGCGUCCUUGUCUGAUGGAGCAAAAUCUCCCUUUCGACAACACCAAAUGUCCCAUGCCUCAUCAGGUGUAUGCCCAUCCAGGUCAAGAGUACUUCUGCGUUCCUUCUGGCCAGGCACAAAACCUUGUUGCCUGCGGUGCCGAGUUUAACAGCACUACGGAUCUCAUUCAGCAUAUCUUCACGGAACACCAACAUCAACACUCGGACGGAGAUAACCUUGGCUAUUUCCCGGAUGCACCUCCGCCUACACUGCCUCUGAUGGCUUCUCAGCAUCACGAACUACAUGCCCAUCCACGUUCAUCGGGCCCUGUACACGUCCCCAUGAAGCUCCCCCAGAACAGGGCAUCCUCAACAAACUCCUCUAUAUCGAGACCCCUGACAGCCUCGUCGCCAGUAGCAUCUCCCAACACUGCUCCUUCCGAGGCCAGUCUUGUGACAUCUGAGCAGUUUGCUUGCAAGUGGCGCAGGGAAGAAGAUGGCCGGGUUUGUGGCUUGAUUUUUCAAAAAGACGAGCUUCUGCAGAGUCAUUGUCGUGAGCAGCAUCUCAAGGACUUGAACAAAACGGAUAAGGGCUUCAAAUGCCGGUGGGAGGGUUGUUCCCGCGACGGGCACUUCACGCAGAAGAGCAAGCUGGAGCGCCAUCUGCAAACACACACUGGGUUCAAGCCAGUUCAAUGCACUGUUUGCGGUCUGGCACUCUCCGCGAAACAGUCUCUUGCUCAGCACAUGCGUAUUCAUACUGGAGAAAAGCCGUGGGUAUGCCAGCACCCGGGUUGCGAUGCUGCCUUCAAGCAGCAAAGCGCUCUCACGAUGCAUAUGCGAACCCAUACCGGCGAGAAGCCCCUGAGCUGUGACGUAUGCGGCAAGGCGUUCGGCGAGUCCUCUAACCUAUCAAAACACCGAAAAACCCACAAUGUCAAGGGUGCCUUCAAGUGUGAUUUCUGCGAUAAGGACUUCCACAGACUUGACCAGAAGCGGAGGCACGAGAAGACUCAUAGGGCCAAGGAGAAUCUCGGCGCUACCAUGGACGUGGAUACGGCUCACACUAUCAGAAAGACCCAGGGUGGCCGAGUCACGAAGAAUACGAAGUGAUCGAAUUGGGGUGGGGUUUGUCAACAUGGAUUUCUUUUGUUACUGCUUUUCUUCGAGGGCGAAAUGGCUCAGCAUGCAGUCAUCACUUUUCAUCGACGUCUCAUGAGAUACCUUUGGGGGCUCCAAGAUUUCGGACCGGCGUUUGAUAGAGACGGGGAACAGGUCAGGGCGGCAUACCAGGCUUCGGUGUUCAAGGCGGCAGAAAGAAUUAAUAUGACAGGUUACGGUGUACUUUGCAAUCAGCAGGAGUUUAGGCCGGGAGAGAAAAUAAGUUUACGUUCCGACUGAUGGACGGGCAUGCGGUUGCUACGGCCAGAAGCUGUCGGCAAACCCGGCACCGGACCUAGUACAAUUCGAAGAAGAGUUUUAGCCCAUCAAAAUUGUCUUUC